AUGUUGGUUCUUAGAACGAGUUCAAAGAGGCAGAGGCGCCCAAAUGUUAGAUUAGGAGAGAUAGGAGACGUUUCGGCUGCUUCGUCUCAUAAAGCUGAGUUGAAUUCGGAAGAGGAGUUAUGGAAACAUGAGUCUGAAGAAACAGCUCUUUAUCCAAGUUGUGUGUUCUCUGGGGAAAUGUCAUCCGGAUUCAUGGUUUCUGAUCCUGGGGCUUGGGUUUCUCCUAAGUCUUUGGCUAAUGGGUUGCACAACAGAGAGAAUAGAAACCCUAAUUCUUUUAAAGUUUCUUCUGAGUUGGUAGUUUUGGGUGAAGCAGCUAAUGCUUAUAAACCACCUGGGCUGAAUUUUGGAAUAGUGACAAGGAAAGGCCGGCUCUUGAAGCGAAGGGGACGGUUUGGGUUCAGCGGUUUCACCAGUACUAGGGCCUGGAAUUCCGAAGUUACUUCUGAAAUUAACAAUGAAAAUGGAAAAGGGCACAGAGGCAACGAUUUUGUUGGAGCCCCAUCAAAUACAUUUUGUGAUGUUUACACUGUCAAUGAUUUUGUUGGAGCCCCAUCAAAUACAUUUUGUUCGGGUGGUGAAACUUCAGAUGCAAACAAAGAAGCCCGAGAGAAUGAGUGCUUUGAACCAAUUUCAGCUUUGCAUCUCUGCAGUGAUUUGGAUGAGUUUUGGACAAGGGAAGCUUGUGUAGAAGGUGAUACAUUGCAUUCUGAUGAGAUUCCCUGUGUAAACCCGCAACCUGUUGCUGAAUAUGAUAAGACGGGCGUUGGUGGUAGUGUUGUAAACAGCGUAAAGACAUGGUUGGAGCAGCUGGGGUUUGGGAAGUAUGUUGGAUUGUUUCAGAUGCAUGAAGUGGACGAGGAGGCAUUGCCUUUACUCACCUUUGAAGAUCUCAAAGAGAUGGGUAUAUAUACCGUUGGACCUCGGAGAAAGAUGUACACUGCAAUUCAGCAUCUAAAGGAAGGAGGAGGAGUUUCUGCUUGA